GGCGGGAGCGCGCGCAUAGGAAGGAAGGGAAGGAAAGGAGCUGAGGCAAAUCAGUCGCCAAGCGGAGCCCAAGACAGCGGAUGAACGGAGCCGAGCGUGUGUGCGUAUCGCCCUUGUCGUUUUUUUACAGCAGCUCAAAGCGGCGUCCGGCAGCCCCGAAACCCGCCCGAAAAUGAUCUUCAAACUCGUCCAUCUCCUCGGGGUGCUCGUCUGCGGCGGCCAAGCCGCCCUGCAGGUGUCUAUAUCUUUGAACAAAGUGGAGUUAAGUGUCGGAGAGUCCAAGUUCUUCAUCUGCACAGCCAUCGGCGAGCCGGUCAAGUUGGAGUGGUAUAACCCCCAGGGCGAGCGCAUCGUGGCCUCUAAGCGAAUGGCGCUCCACACAGAAGCAUCCAGAUCCAAGCUCGUUAUUUAUAAUGCCAUCAUCGAAGACGCGGGUAUCUACCGCUGCCAGGCCACUGAUGUCAGUGGUCACACCGAAGAGGCCUCCGUUGUGCUGGAGAUCUACCAGAGGCUGACAUUCCGGGAUGUUCAGUCACCGCAGGAGUUCCGCUAUGGUGAGACAGCAGAAGUGGUGUGUGAUGUCAUUAGCUCCCCAGUGCCCGUGGUGGUGUGGUACUACCAGGACAAAGAGAUUACUGAGGAGCACCACAGCAGGUUCCAGGUGUUGCCAAACAACAACCUGCAGAUCCAUCAGGUGACCAAGGCUGACGAGGGUGUGUACCGCUGUGAAGCCAGCGUAGAGGCACGCGGGGAGAUCGAUUUUGUGGACAUUGCAGUGGUGGUCAACGUCCCUCCGGUGUUGUCAGUGUUCCAGCAGUCCUUCAAUGCCACAGCUGACUACCAGGAAUCUGUCACCUUUACUUGCAUCACUUCUGGAUCUCCGGACCCCAUAGUCACAUGGCACAGGAAAGGGCAGCAGCUGGAGCCAUCGGACCAGUACAUUUUGAACAGGCUUGAUGGCGGGCGGAGCAUGUUAACCAUCCGCAACAUCCGGCAGGGUGAUGGAGGCACCUACUCCUGCAGAGCCACCAAUAAGGCAGGAUCCCAGGAAAGAGAGCUCUUCCUCAAAGUGUUUGUCCAGCCCCAUAUCACCCAGCUGAAAAACGUGACAGCCGUAGAGGGCAGCGCUGCCAUGAUCUCCUGCGUGGCUGAGGGCGAGCCUCUGCCUGACAUUUCCUGGAGAAGAGCCAGCGACGGUCAGACCUUCGUGGACGGAGACAAGAGCCAGGAUGGGAGGUUUGAAGUUCGUGGGCGUCAUGGCAAGUCGGUGCUGACCAUCAGCGGCGUGAGGCUCUCCGACUUGGGUCGAUUUGACUGCGAGGCGCUCAGCAGGAUCGGAGGUCAUCAGAAGAGCAUGUUCCUGGACAUUGAAUAUAUACCAAAGUUCCUGACCAACCACACCGUUUAUUAUUCAUGGGAGGGGAAUCCGGUGAACAUCAGCUGCGACGUGAUGUCCAACCCACCUGCCACCAUGCUGUGGAGGCGAGAGCGCUUCACUAUCUCCACAGAGGGAACCGCCAACAUGAGGGUGCACAGCGCCGAGGGCAAGUCUGUGCUGGAGGUGACUCCUAUGUCCGACAGAGACUUUGGCCGCUACAACUGCACGGCCAGAAACAACAUUGGAGUUCGAUACCAGGAGUUCAUUUUGGCCCAGGCAGUCGCGCCAUCGAAUCCAUACUCAGUUCGUCUGUCAGCUGUCUCCCAGCGCUUAGCGACCGUAACAUUUAUGAAGCCAGACUCUCAUGGAGGCGUUCCCAUCAACUACUACCUGGUCCAGUACAAGGAGGUGGGCUCACAGGACUGGAGGGAUGUCAAGUCACACAGUGUCCAGACCACAGUUGUGCUGACAGGACUGGAGCCCAACACAACAUACGAGGUUCGAGUGGCAGCUGUCAACGGAAAGGGCCAGGGCGACUUCAGCCACACGGAGACCUUCCAGACUUUACCCAUCCGAGAGCCGAGUCCGCCAGCAGUCCACGGGCAGAGGGACAUGGGCAGGGCCUACAGGCUGGGGCUGGUCAAGCAGGACGACGGAGGCAUGCCCAUUGUGGAAUAUAUAGUCAAGUACAAGACUGAUAAAGAGGAACAGUGGAUGACCAAGCUCGUUCCAGGUGCGAAGGACCAUGCCUUGCUGCACCCGCUCCAGUGGAACACGAGAUAUGAAGUGGAAAUCACAGCGCGCAACGUGAAAGGCCUGUCGGAGCCCACCUUCUAUCAGUUCUUCAUGCCACAGAAACCUGACAUUACAGCAGAAUCCCUGUUCAGCGGUCUGGGGCUGGGGGCGGUGGUGGGCCUCGGCCUGGGAGCGCUGCUGCUGCUCCUCGUGCUGGUGGACGUCAGCUGCUUCUUCCUGCGUCACUGCGGCCUGCUCAUGUGCAUCACACGCACCCUGUGCAGCAAGAAAACAGCCACCAGCGGCAAGGGCAAAGAAAUCGAGGAGGGGAAGGCCGCCUAUCUGUACACCUACAACAGCCGCCCAGCCACCCUUUCAACCACAGAAGCUACCGCUGAAGGAAGAAAAUGGAAGAGAGGUUCUCAAGCCGGAUACGAUUGAAAUCAAAGUGCACAGUGACAACAGCAUCCACACAAAGCCCGACGACAGCAAAGCGUAAAAGGGUCGGUCCUCCCGCCACCAAAAGAACAUUCGGAUCACAAGACCAAAACCCAGAGAAACUACAACACUGGAAAAUAGUGGAGUAAAAUACCAUAUCUGUUUAUAGCAAUGCCCUAGAGAAAGGCAUGUGUAAAUACAAAAAAUAAUAGAGAGAAAAUAGAAAGAAAGAAAGUGUCAACCUUUUAGACACCCUGAGAGAUUAAUGUAUCAUGUUCUUACAAACAUGGCAUCAGUGGAAAGCUCUUGUUGAUCAAUGAUUGUAUAUUAUUUUCUGCCUUUAUUUCUCACACUUCAUAAGUAUUAUUUCUCAGAUUCUGUUUUUUUUCUGUUUUACACCCCACAUGGGAUUUUCAUGCAGUUGAAAGGUGUUUCUAGCACUCCCCUCUUUGAUGUCUCUCAAAAAAGACAGUCACAAGCGGAGGCAUAAGCUGGUACGCUGGUGUGCCUCAAAUAUCUCAAUGCUAAUGCUUUUUUUUGUCUUUGUAAGAGCAAUGCAUGGGCUGACCUUCACUGCAGGAUGUCACAGUGAUUUAAGCCUGUUUCCAUGCCUGAGUGUUACUCUACAACAUCCUUUUUAUGCCUGUGAUAGCCAAGCUAGGUGCCUAGCUUACAGAGGCAAAUUCUCAGUCAUUGUACUUUAAGCUAGCAGGCUUUGCUAGCACACGGUAAACAAGUCCUUAAAAGCUCUGACGCUUUAUUGCCUAAAGAAAACUCUUAUGUGAUGCAUUGGUUCUUAGUUACAUUUCUACCUGAAACAAAUUUAAUUUUUUCCAGAAGACUUUAGACCUAAUAUUUGGUUUGGUUUGAUUUCAGAAGGGCUUUUGUGACUCUUUAUAAGUACUCAACAGUAUCCAAAAAUCACAAGAAGGAAGAAUGUGUUGCAGUCUAUGAAGUAUACAGUACAAAAACCACACAUGUGCAUUGAUGUCACUGUUAGCAAAGCCUUUUAAAUUGACGCCGAAUAUUGUUGGCACUCUUCAGGCGUCUCACUCUCUAACAAUGUGCGCAUAAGAAUGUUUUAUUCAUCAGCUGCAUACACCGUAAUGUGUCGUAUAUUGUUGCCAGAGGUUAGCCGCACUGCAAGUCAAUUUACGCUUUGGUAUACAAUGAGUAAUGAAAAAAUUAUGUUAAUGUGUUGAAAGGUGUCCCCGUGAGUGCCCUGACCAGUAAUCUUUGCAAUCUGUAAAAGCAGAAGUAGCAGCAAGGUACCACUCAAGGCAUGGGAACAAAAGAGAAAAGGUAUGCUCGAGAGAAAUAAAUCAACAUGUACGUCAUGUCUGUUUUAAAUGAUAAACUUUGGUUUCUUUGAUUAUUCUUGCCUCAGAUUGGACUCUGAUGCAGUUUUUCUUUCUUUGGUCUGGUCACUAUUCUCUCUGAUGUUGUCACGUGUUGUACAUAGGUGAAAAAAAAGAGUAUUUUACAAAGCUUUUAUGUAAAUAUACCCUAAAGGAUGUGUCCUUUUUUCCAAAUGCAAAAGGCUUGGCUUUUUCUUUUCUUUUUUUUGUGAACACUCCUUGGAUGAAAAGCUGUUGGCUGGUUUUUUUUUUCUUUUCUUCUUCUUUUUUUUUCCUUCCGUUGUGUUUUGGUCCAAAGUUCAGUGAUGGUGUAAUAUUGCUUUUUCCUAGUCAUUUGCUUUCCCUUAAGAAAAACCCAUGCCCUGAGGCUAUUUCACGGCAUUUCAAUGGAGGCAGUAAUUACGGCAUUAGUGUGCCUUCUCUUUUUUUUUUUUCUUUUUUAAACCCCCCCUCUUGUGGCCCAAAGUCGCUGUAGCAGUGUAGACCAUCAAAUGAACUUUUGAUCACAGCUUAGCUGCUUUGUGCCACAGAAUGUGUCAUAAGAUUGAAUUGUAUUGUGAUGCUGUGGUUUCUGGGAAACGUAGUCAUAGGAUUGUGGGUUCUAAUCACCGACACUGGACAGGAACGGACGUGCGCAACUACCUAGUACAACUAGAUGUCAGGUCAACGCUGUUGAGUGGUUUGAUGGCAUCACAUGAAUCAUCACAUGACUGUGUGUGUGCGCAUGUAUGUAUGCAUACAUGCAUGGGUGCGUGAGUACACUCGUCUACAUGAAUCAGGUUGCAUGUAUGUCCGCUGAAUGUAUCUGCACGUACUGUAAGUUAAUCCGUUUGUAUGUUUGCGAGGAUGUGUUCCCAUUUUUACUUCUUUUUUUUUUUCAAUUUUCCACAAUAAGAGUCUCCAGAUUCCAAACCUUACACUACAUUAAAGAGUUAAGUGCCGUUCUGGCAUUUAUUAUAUUUAUUUUUUAAUGUUAUUACCUAUUUAUAAUAAAGUGCGAAUACACUUUCCAUCUCCAUGGUGCACCAUGUGGCAAGCGAAGGUGAUGAUGACCACAUGCCAAGUGUGAAUGUCAGAGUGCUCUGAGUGCACGGGGCGUUUCCUUUUUCAAUUUUUUUUUUUUAAACCGUGGUGCGAGUUGGCGAGAGCUCUCACGCCGAGUUCCGGGGUGUGCUUUGAUAGUUAAAACCUGAUUAUGUAGCUCUCGACAGUGAUUAAUUCCCUCGGCUGCAGCACUCCUUCCAUGUGUCUGCCAGCCCCCCUCCUGUCCUCCCCACCCGCCCCCUCUCCGCCACUGUUCCUGCCUCUCAGACUCCACUGGUUUUUAUCUCAGACUUACGUAGUGCUGGCUUUGUUUUCUCACAGCGAGCCCUUGUACCUGCAUAUCUCUAAAGGAUGGUCCUGCCAUGGAGUGGUUCCGCUGCCUGUUACGAUCACUGUAAAUAUGGGAGCACAGUGCCUGGGGGCUAUACGAUUUGUACAUGUUCUUUUGUAUUUGAAUAUGAGUCUAAACCCACCCCCCCACCCCGCCCUUCUUCUCCUCCGGCCCCUCCUCUCCUCCCCUCUCUCGUCCUCCUUUCCUCUCUGUCUCCUCCAUCAUCCCUCGGCCCUUUUUUCUGUAAAAGGGGGGUUAAAAAAACAGGUGUGUUUGAGCUCAGUGUACAGUAUGUGUCCUCUUUGUCCCCAUGCUCCCCGUGUCCCUUGGACUGUCCCCGCUGAGUGUGCUUUGUGCAGGAGGUGGGAACUAUUGAUGUCUCUCUGUACGUACCUGUGGAACACUUGUGACUCCUAUCAUUGGCCGCUGUAAAUAAACAUGUCCUGGUAGAAGACAG